AUGCCUUUGGGAACCGUGAACUUACCUGCCUCCCUCGACGACGUCAGAGUCAAGAAGCUUCCGCCAUCCUCUUAUUACAUUGCAGACUUCAUAUCAGAGGAAGAGGAACGCUUAAUCUUACAAAAGAUAGCUGAGGCACCGAAACCCCGCUGGAAGCAACUGACUCAUCGACGUCUCCAAACAUGGCCGUCCGAUCUCGUCAACAACAAGCUGAUCGAUGCUCCCUUACCACCGUGGUUGCAAGAGCCUGUGAUCUCGCGGAUUCUCUCCUUGCCUCUCGCCGCCGAUCCUGAUUCGUCCAAUCUCUUCGCCGGCAGUCCUCACAAACGACCGAACCACGUGCUAAUAAACGAGUAUCCUCCGGGAGACGGGGCUGCCUAUCAUCCAGUUGUAUGCACCGUCAGUCUUGGAGCAAGUCUAUGUCUGAACCUAUACCAAAUCAAGGAAGAUGGUGUCAUGGACCCCGAGCCUGUGGGACGCAUUCUACAGGAGCCCAGGAGUCUCCUCAUCACUACCGACGACCUCUAUACCGAUUAUCUCCACGGCAUUGCCGAUAUCGAGGAAGACGUUGAGCUCUCUGCCGAGACGAUUGUGAACUGGGAUCUCCUGCGUUCGCAGAAUGACUUUUCUGCCGGCCGAAGCGCGCGCGCAACCAGGACGAGCCUUACAUAUCGGGAUGUCAUGCAGGUGUCGAAGCUUGGAGCCAAGUUUGGCUUGUUUGGAAAGAAGUAA